AUCGUUAUUUUUCGUUCGGAAGCAGCGCGAGAAGCCCACAAGAACGAAAGAUCACGACGAUCGGUCCACAGUCGUUUUUCUCGCCGAUAUUUUCCGCCCGUCGGCCGGAAAUCCAACUUUGAAUACACAUCUGCUUGAUUUUGGUGCGUGGCGCCGAAAAUCCCAGCCAUCUUCCUGGCUGGCGUUCGCUGUGGAAGAUGGCGUCAACCCUGAAGUUACCGCAGCGCAGCAGGUGUCACUCCACGAAUAGGUAGAAAAAGAGGGAAAAAAGCCGAGAGUCUGUAUGCGUGCGCGCUCAAUGAUUUGCGCGCGCGCGCGCGUAUAUGCACACAUUCGCAACAUGGCGGUCGACUAUGUGCCUACGCACAGUGGAACUCGCUCCCGAAGCACGAUGAGCAGUCGCCUGCUGCACACGUCAUUGAGACCCACGCGAAGGAAUCCUGUUCACGACGUGCGUGUUCCAUUCAUGAAGAGGACGUUGCGCUGUCAUAAGGUGCGUUCGUUCGGUAUUUGCCGCUGCGAAUUAGGUUAUGUGUCGAAACGUAUACCCCGUGCAGUACGGGUUAUCGUGAACGGUGAUAUUUUUGCACUUUGCUACGUAAGGUGUGUUCGUUACAUUGCGUGUGAGUGAGAGAGCUGGUUACGUCGUGUAAGAUAGGCCGUGAUACAGGCGAAGCUAAUUAUUCAAAAGACCACAGACGAUGGUAUGAAUAAUUUAUUGUCUGCUUCGUUUAUUGUGCUUUGUCUGUCUACUGUUCGUACGUUUGUCGUGCAAAAGUACGACGUUGGAAAUUGCGCUUGGUGUGAUACGUGUGUGAGUAUGUGUGUAUGGAGAUGCGCGAUUCGACUUCACUGAAGUUAGCUCAGAUCCCCCAAAACUUGUGAAACGGGCGAGUUGUUCGAAUAAUGACGCGCAGAAGGAAGAUCUCCGCUCCGAAACCAAAUAUCAAAGUAGUAGUCACGUAUUCAGGAGUGACAGAAUUCUCAAAUGCUUCCAAUGGCUGGUUAGUUGGCGAAUACAUACACAGUACCAAAGAUACGAGAAUAAAGGAAACGGAAACAUGGAUAGAGAACACAAUGCUACCUACACGAGAGAUGAUAACCACCUACUCGAAUACUGGGAGGAAUAUCAGAAGAUGAUAGAGGAAACAAAAAUGUUGGAUGAUUAUCUGGAUGAAGAAUGCAGCCCACGAUGUUACGAUGAAGGGGAAGAAGAAGCUGAAUGGUUACGUGCAGCAGGUUUAGAGCAAUUAACGGAAGCAUGGAAAGCAGGUAGAGAAGUACAACCAGAAGAAUUGGGAGCAGUCUUGCGUCCUCUGUCGCGAGCCCAGGCAGAGGCUGUGAAACGUCGCGUGAAGUCUCUUAACCACACGGUUAAACAACGCUUCAACCAGCGACAACGUGUUCGUAAACCAGACAUUCGAGACGUUUUUAAAGAUGUCGAGGUGUCCAGCACAGGCACACGAUCACGUAGUGCCACUCCUGACUCGCUAGAUUCAGCCCCAGGUGCUUCACCGGAAAAUGCAUUACCUCCUUCGCCUCCAACAGUCACCGUGAUCGAUCAUCCCCAUCAAAGUCCUGCUGUUCCGAGUUUCGUGUCCAUAUUUCAUCGUACUUCGAAUGAAGGGAAAGCGACAGUUCGUAGAACACCAAGUGCGCCGCAGACAGUUCUGAAUUCUGUGCCAGCUUCCGCCCCAGCACCUGUACCUGUACAAGAAAUUUUUAGGAGAACCGGCAAUUGGUGGAGAGGAGAUGUUGCAAAUGACUCAGAAGGAAUUCAGCUCACCGGCUACCAUAGAUUGGGAACGAUACAUGUUUCCAGGUCGCUUCAGAGGCACAACGGCGGUCUCAGUGACGUGGAAAAUACGGUGCAUUUGGAGACUGAGUCGGCUAAAAAACUGACUGUACCAAAGGAUUCGACGCUCCGACGAAGUUCGGGAAGCCAUGCGACGGUGACUCGGAGUCACAGCAGUUUGUACGGUUUGACUAGGCCAGCGGAUGAGAAUCUAAUAACUCAUCCGUUAAGUCGCACAUCGUCGCACGGCCAUCUUAGUUUCGAGGAGAUGUGCAGAACUAACGAAGUCAAAUCCGACAUGUGGCCUUCUGACAAUCUCGUAGCUGACGACGAUUACGCCCGGCAAGAGGUAGAGCUGCUGUCGCAACGAGAUCUCACGAGACUGCAGCCUCUUCUGUGGCUCGAGCUGACGGCUAUUUUUGAUAAAUAUAAUAUACCACUUACAAGAAGAAAGCCUAAUAAACGACGGAGAAAGGCUGGAAAUUUGUUCAGCGUCUCUUUGUCGACGCUGCUGCUCAGGGACAGUCAAUUGACUAGCGAGGAAAAUAACAUACCAUUAGUGUUCCAAAAGAUUCUUAACGAAUUGACCAAACGUGGAGUGAAAGAAGAGGGUAUUCUUCGUGUUGGUGGCCAUAAACAAAAAGUAGAAAUGAUCUGUACGGAGUUAGAGACAGAUUUUUAUUGUAAGCCGAAAGAAAUUGAUAAAUUGUUUAAACGGACUCCGUGUCAUGACUUGUCAGCCGUAUUAAAGAGAUUGUUGCGGGACUUGCCGCAACCUCUUCUCACCGUUGAGCUGAUUGACGCCUUCUAUCAGAGUCACGGUGUGAAGAGUCCCCACGACUUGGUAUACUCUCUCAAUUUGUUGGUGUUGUUGCUGCCUGUCGAGCACCGAUGCACCUUGGAGGCGUUGUUGAACUUCUUGAAGCUGGUUAUCGAGAAUCAGGCGUGGAACAAGAUGUCGAUACACAACGUAGCGAUGAUAGUAGCCCCGUCGCUGUUUCCACCGCGGUACGUUCAUCCUCGGGAUCGUGCCGAUUUGACUGCUCAAGUCAACAUGGCCGCCAUAUGCUGUCAAGUAACGGAGGCUCUGCUCAACAAUGUCGACAAGUUGUGGUACGUACCGACAGAACUUAUAAAUCAAUUGCGCCGGCAAUCCGAGGUAGAGAGAUACCGUAAAUACAAGAAAAAGUAUUAUUGAUCGCAGUUAGGUGACUUAAAGAAUUAGUGGUAUAUGCGUAAUUUUACAUGCGUAAUCAUAAGUAACCAUGGUGCCUGUCUGCACAUCACGAGAUCUGCAGCAUUUCGUCUUGUAGACUAUAAGACAUCCUAUAAGGUUAAUUAAUUAAUUAAUUAAUGUUACUUAAGCGAUUGUUUUUUAAUGGUCGUUUAGAGUCAGUUAUGAUACCAUACUUCUCACCUCAUCUUUAAUAUGUUUAUCAUCGCGCGUUAUCGCAUGUUACGUUUACUGCUGGUUUGCACAUGUUGUGUGUGCAAGUGAAUUAAUAAUUUAUCUGUCUCGAGGUGCAAUAAUUUAGUAAAAUAGACUUUUCGUUAUUUCUCCACAUGUAUACUAGAUGUCGAUAUAAUUUACUCAAGAACAACUUUCCAUAUAAUUUACAGACAAGGAGGAAUUUAUUUCUGUUAGGAUUUUACAGAGCGACAAAUAUUAACAUGUAUAUUACGAUUGUACUACGAAGUAGCAGUUCGUACAAAAUAAUUCCAAGUGUCGUAUCUUUCGAUUGGGUGCUAUAGUAUCUAUCUCAGUUCAUAUUUUUAAUCAAUAAUAUUUAUUUACGAUUGUGUAUAGGUAAGAUAUGCUACUGUUAAUUUCAUAUGUUAUAUAAUCAUGUAUAAUACAAUACGAGUGGCAUUUCAGAUAUUAUUAUUAUAGUUGGCUUUAAGUUUUAUAAUUUAUUACAUUAUUAUUAAUAACAGUUCAUAGAACCUCAUUAGGAUGAUUAUAAUUUCAUCGAUCGUUGUUUCUCUGUUUGACACAGGUAUUUCUUUUUAUUUUGAUUCACUUAUAGGAAAGUUUAACAGACGUAGUCAGGGAUAAUAUCUCAGUUAACUAUGAAAUGGCCAUUAUGGAAUCGUAUAAAUCUUGUCGUUAUAAUCACGGAAGGUUCUGGUUGUUGUUCGUUAUAUGGUCCUAAUUUCUUGAUAUACAAUAAUGUUAACUAUGUGUCUCCUUAUAAAAUUAAGCAGAACAGGAUUCUAUUAGGCUGACGUUUAUCCAAAAUCUCCGAUGGUGCACGUGUCUAUUAUUGCGACAUAUCGUUUCCAUAGGAGUUUUAGUGUGUCGUCUCAUCGUUUCAUACGCCAUAUUAUCUUAAGACUUUUGUAUAUAUCACUUCGUAAGUUGUUAUUUGCGUUAAUAAAGUGCCAAAGAAAAUUA